AUGAGCAGGUACUAUGGCUCAGAGAAGGUGAAAGGGGGAUGCCGGGUGUGUGGUUUGGCGUUGCUGUUGGGGAAAAGAACUUUCAAUCUGAGAACGAAAAGGCUCUCCAACAAGUCUUUCGCGGUUGCUGUUACCGGGCAAGCUUCGCCAGAUGGAACGUUCUUUGAUCCGGAGACGGCCGAGAAGCCUCGGUCGUCAGCUAGGGAGUAUGACAGACUGCCCGUUCGGAUCUGGGACCGCUACGUUACGGCAGAGAAGAACGCUAUCUGGUACACAAGGCUCGAGAAGCAUGGAAAUCGCUAUGGCGUUUCAUCCGUUGGCUUUGUCAACGCUCUCCACGGUACAAGCACCACAGGACCCGUUCUACGGCGGAGACUUCGAUCUCUCGGCAUCGGAAUCCUUUUCACCGCCAUUGACCCGGCCGCUAAUCAUUCCAUCAUUUUGAAAAACGAGCUCUACUACAUCCCUGUUCAGACAUACACCGAACAUCCCGCAUCGCCGCCUCACAAGGUCUCCAUACCAAACUACGACGGCACCGCUUCAUCGCCAACAUUCUCACCGGAUGGCACAUCCGCCGCGUUCCUUCGAACCAAAGAGCCCGGCAGCGACUUCGAUCGACCGCGCAUCUUCCUAAUUCGUGACACCGACGACGUAGAAGACAUCACUGAGAUCACUACUUCCGAAUCCUGGUACUUGCAGCCCCUGUCCCUGACCUUCAGCAGCGACGCCGAAACCCUCUAUGUCACCGCCAAAGAAGGUGGCAGAAGGAAACUCUUCCAGAUCCCCGUCCCUCCCGCCUCCGACGAACAAGCCGGAGAAGAAGCGACGUUGGCCGCCGCUCCAUCACCCCUCACAUCCUGGGGUAGCGUUUCCUCCGUCCACGCCGUCUCCCCCGCUCUUCUCCUCCUCACCUUGUCCAGCCUGACCUCAAACAGCGUCUUCAUCACCGCGCACGAACUCUCCCGCCACACCGACUACAGCUCCUCGCACUUCGCGCAGCGCUACCCUCAAGUCUCCGACAUCCAAAUCCCCGGCGCAGGCCCCUACGACGUCCACGCCUUCGUCGUGAAACCCUCUUCCUUGUCCGCGGACGACAAAAUGCAGAAGGAGAAGAAGAAGAAAAGAUACCCCCUCCUCUUCCGGAUCCACGGCGGACCCCAGGACUCCUUCCUCGACGAACGGAGCACGCGCUGGAACCCGGCCGUCUUCGCCGAGUCGCGGCUACGUCGUCGUCCACCCGAACCCGACCGGCUCCACGGGCUUCGGGCAGGACUCCAUCGACGGCGUCAAAGACGCCUGGACCGCGACCUCGUCCGAUGCUUCAACCACGUCCGGGCGACGCUGGACUACGCGGACACGGACCGCGCCGUCGCCACGGGCUACAGCUACGGCGGAUACACGGUGAACUGGAUCGCGGGCCCGCCGGCGUUCGCGGCGCGGUCCAGAGCGCUCGUCCGCCACGCCCGCAUCUUCGGCCUCACGACCCUGCUCUCGUCGAACGGGUCCGGCCGCCUCGCACCCCGGACCGCCGAGGGGGUGGGCGGACCGGGUCCCCUCGCGGCGCACGGCCGGGUGGACGACGCCGACGCUGGUCAUCCACGGCGAACGGGCCGAUCACGGAGGGCGUGGCGGCGUUGCGGGAGGGGUGGGGUUCGAGGUUUCUGA